AUGGCGGGACUGAUGCUCCAGCUCGGUGCGGGGCGGCGGCUGCGGCGCUCCCGCCGGGGACAGGCGGAGCUGCUCGGCCCCGCUUGCCGAGCUUACAGCUCCCACGUUCCGACAGCUGGAGCUGGGAGCCGGACAGCCCUUGCUGGUAGUGGUGGAGGAUCUCCUGGUGGCGGUGGUGGUGGUGCUGGUGUGCGUGUCCGAGUGUCCCCCGGCGAUGGUGGCGGAGCAUCCCUUGGGGCGGGGAUGGUACCCGCGGCGGCGGAGGCAGCGGGAGCGGCGGUGGGUGCGGUCCUUGGCGCCGGCUGGUGUCUCCUCGACACCUGCUGCGGAGCUGGUGACAGCGACCUCGUGUCCUGCCGGGCCCAGAGGGCCUUGCCACGGCGGGAGCCGCGCCUGAGGCAGCACAUGGUUUUUGUCCUUAAAGCAAUUGUGAACAGAUCCAUUCCUGAUGUCUGUGCAACUUGCCACAUUCAUGCAACAUGUCAGCAAAGUGGAGGAAAAAGUGUUUGCAUCUGCAAUUAUGGAUUUGUAGGCAAUGGAAGAACCCAUUGUCAAGAUAAAGAUGAAUGCCAGAUUGGAGCCAGCAAGAUCUGUGGAAAUCAUACACUGUGUCAUAAUACACAUGGAAGUUUUUACUGUGUUUGCCUUGAUGGAUACCGAGCCUCCAACAACAACAAGACAUUUAUUCCCAAUGAUGGCACGAACUGUACAGACAUAGAUGAAUGUGAGGAGUCUGGACUGUGUGGUCAAAAUGCAAGAUGUGUGAAUACAGAAGGAAGCUACAUGUGUUACUGCAAUGAUGGUUAUAAAUUAGAAACUGGAGAGCUUUCUUUUCAUCAAGAUGGAAAGACAGUUUCAUGCAAAGAAAUCGGAUGUGGUUCCCCUCCUGAAAUGAAGCAUGGCUACAUUGUGGGGAACUACAGCUUGCUACCAGGAAGUGCAGUUCAUUAUGAGUGUCAAGAAGGGUUUUACAGCAAUGAAGGAAAGUUCUCAUACUGCACUGCAAAUGAAACUUGGGAACCUGCCACUUUAAGCUGUAAAGGUGUGGACUGUGGGGUUCCACCUCCUGUUUCGCAUGCCACAGCAUCUGUGGGUGGGACCACAUACAGAAGUGAAGUUACUUACAAGUGUGAUCAUGGUUACCUGAUGGCAGGCAGCAGUCACACUGCAGUCUGCAAUGCCAAAGGACAGUGGGAUGGCCCUGAUUUGGUGUGCAAAGAAAUAGACUGUGGCAAACCUUUGCUGAUUCCACACACGACAAUGACCUGGGACAAUUCUACCACUCUGCGGAGCAGAGUGUACUAUCACUGUAAAGAAGGAUAUUAUUUCAAUGGAGACAGGAAUUUUUCAGAAUGCACAAUAGAUCAGUCAUGGGAGAAUAUUACAUACGUAUGCAAAGAGGAGGAAUUACUCAGUAAUAUAUCCAUAUUCAAUGAAACAUGUGUGAGGUGGCAAAGGAAAACUGGAAGACUGGGAGUGCAGGAAACGUACACAUUUCAUAUACUGGGACAAAGACUGGAUGAGAAGAUGUUCUCAGAAGAUGUGAUAUUUAACAUCAGUACAAGUGAAGAUAAUCCAAAGGUGUGUUUAGAUCUGAAUUCUGGAAGUAACUACAUGGUGAAUAUAACGACCAUUUCUUCCACAAACAUCACCGUCUCUGUUACAGUAGCAAUUCAAACAAAGGUAAAGGAAGCUUUCAAUAAUGUAUUAAUUUUUAAUGAUACCUGCUUGAAAUGGAGGAGAAAUGUCAGGGGAACUGGUGUGGAAGACAGAUACUCAUUUCAUGUGCAAGGCCAGCGUUGGUAUCAGAAGAACUUCCAUCAUGAAAUGACCUUUGAACUUUCCACACACAAGCAAGCUCCUGAAGUUUGUUUAGAUUUGCAACCAGGCACCAAUUACUCUAUUAAUAUUUCCAUGGUAGCUUUGAAUUUUUCGCUGCUUGUUUCUAUGACAACACAAAUUACAGGUGGGUCUUGCCAUUUAUUUUAUAUACUUACAAAAGCACCUAGUGGGUGUAAGAGACUCAACUGAAUAUGCACUGUUGAUCUCAGUGCUUUGUGGUGGGCUGUCAAAGUAGUCUUUCCAUGCUCAGAAUUGUCCGUUAUUUGUUUUCAUGGAUUUUGUAGAGUUCAGAGGCAGAAGGGGGAGGAAAAUUGAGGUGCAGAGUGUUAAUGUGUCAUUGUGGGACAUCAGGGAAAAGAUAGUUUGGUGGGUUGGACACAAGACUGGUACCAAGGACAGCUGAGUUAAAUUCCCUGCCCUGUUAGAGGCUUAGUCACUUUUUAAGAA